AUGUUAGCAGCCCCUUCUCAGGGUUUUACGUUAGGGUUUAUGGUGGAGCCGCCUCUGCCGGAGGCGCGGCGGCCUCCUGCGGCACCUUCUUUUGCCACGGUGGUGGCUAGGAAUUCUACGGUGGUUGCCCCUCAAUUUCCGGUGAAAGCCCCGUCCUCCCAUCUAGGGGCUCCUGCGAUCUUUUUUCUGAAGAGGAAAUUCGAUGCUCUGAGGAACCACUUCGGCUGUGGGGAAAGUGUGUGUGGGGAGUGCGUUGUGGCGGGGAAGGAGUUGAUUACAGGUGGAAGGGAGAAGGAGGUGGCUCCAGGUGGAGGUGGGGCGCGCAUCGAAGCUAGGGAUGUUGGGCGUUGGGAAGGGGCUAGUGAGAAGGAUGGCUCUGAGGAAGGGGAGAUUUUCCAGAACUGGAAUGACUCGCCAGGCAAGAUGAUCACAGCCAUGCAAGUGGUGGGGCAGGGCUGCAACGAAGGAGUUGGGUUUUUUAAAAGCACUGUGGAUGACCUUGUACUCAUUAAGGCACGCUUGGAGAGGGAUCGGUUUGCAUCGAUUGAGGAGCUGCGUAAUGCCAGUAGGGGAUUCGAUGGGAAACUCCAGGCGCUGGUUGCUCGGGUGGAGGGGGAGGGAGGAACUGAUGUAGUCGGGGUUGAUGCAGCACAAGCAAAGAAGCGGAAGGGCCUAGGAAAUAAGCCCUCGCUGAGACGGUUGAAGUCUUUGAUUCUUUCUUCAAAUAUUGAUGUGGUGGGUAUUGCAGAACCAAAAAUCCCCUUCAGCAGGGCUACCCGAAUCAUGAGAAAGCUGGGCAUGUCUGGUGUGCUGUCUAAUGGUGAUGAAAAUGGCAAUAGAAUUAGGGUGCUCUGGUGGCAAGGGGUGGAGCUGGAAUUGGUUAGAGGACAUGAGCAAGCUGCCACGGUGAGGUGUAGGUGCGGUAAUGACAGCUUUGUGGUGAUUUCCUUUGUACAUGCGCUCUGUGUGGCCAGUGAGCGUCGUGCCCUGUGGGCAGAAUUGAUAGGGCUGGAGGUGCCAUUGGACACGGCUUGGACGGUGUGUGGCGACAUCAAUGCUAUUCUUGAUCCAUCAGAGAAGGUUGGGGGCAGGCAUGUAUGCGCAGUCUCUAUGGAGGAGUUCGGCAGUUUUGUAAACCAGGUUGCAUUGGUUGAUGGAGGAUAUCAGGGGAACGCCUUCACAUGGUCAAAUAACCAGGAGGGGGGUGGAAAGAUUCUUGCACGCCUGGAUAGAUUUUUUCUUAAUGAUACUUGGGUUAACUCUUUUGCUUACAGCUCUGUGAAGCAUCUCAGUCGGGAAUGCUCGGACCAUGCUCUAAUUCUUUUGGAUUUUAAGACCCAGGCGUCUGGAAUAAUUUCCUCUUUCAAGUUCCAGCAGAUGUGGCUGUCGCACCCUGAUUUUAUGGAGUGUGUUCGGCUUUGUUGGGGGAAGCAGGUACAGGGUACUCCAUUGCAGAUUCUUUACUUGAAGCUAAAGAGCCUUCAAUCACGGCUGAGGGCUUGGAACAAAGUAGUCUUUGGCAAUAUCCACCAAAAUGCCAGGGCGGCGGAGGACAGUGUUUGCAAAGUGGAGAUAGAACCGGAGCAGAACCCCACUGAAGAGACGAGGAGGAACUUGUUGGAAUCCAAGAAAGUGUUGCAGGAGGUGCUUCUUCAAGAAGAAAUAUUUUGGCGGCAAAAGUCGAGGGUGCAAUGGCUUAAGGAGGGGGAGAGUAAUACUAAAUUCUUUCACACUAUGGUGAAUUUUCGCAGGGGAAUUGGAAGGGUGGAUAAAGUUAAGGAUGGGAAUGGUGUUUGGGUCCAUGGGCAGGAGGACGUGGGGAGGGAGGCAGCCCGGUUUUUUGUAGGGUUAUUUAUGGCCCAAAAUCGUCGACGAGAUGAGGACCUUUUGGAUCUUAUUCCAAGACUGGUUACGGAUGCUGACAAUGAAAUGCUAAUGAUGGUUCCCCCUAUGGAGGAGGUUAGGAAGGCGGUGUUCGGGUUGUCUUGUGAUAGUGCCCCAGGCCCUAAUGGGUUCACAGGGCAUUUCUUUAUGGCAUGCUGGGAUAUAGUAGGAGAGGACGUUGGGCGUGCAGUGAGGGAUUUUUUUAUAGGAGGCAGGCUGCCGAGGGGUUACACAUCGGCAAACCUGGUGCUAAUUCCCAAAAAGGAGUACCCGGAGGUAAUUUUGGAUUUUUGUCCUAUAUGUUUAUGCAAUUUUGCUAAUAAAAUAAUGGCUAAAAUAAUCUCAAGUAGGAUAGCUUUGGUUCUGCCUAAUAUCAUCUCCGAGGAGCAAGGAGCUUUUGUGCAGGGUAGGUGUAUUCAUGAUCAUAUUGCUCUGGUUCAAGAAGUGGUUCAGGACAUUAACAGGGACACCAGGGGUAGUAACGUGCUACUUAAGCUGGAUAUGGCUAAGGCUUACGACAGAGAGGAGGAGGAGUUUGGUUGCUUUGUCAAUAAUGCAGGGCUGUUGGAUGCUGGUUAUGAGGAGGAGCAAGGAGCAUUUGUGCGGGGCCGUUGUAUCCAUGACAAUAUAGCACUUGGUCAAGAGGUGGUGCAGGAUCUGAAUAGGAAAACUAGAGGAGGCAAUGUAAUUCUUAAGCCAGAAAUGGCCAAGGCUUAUAACAGGAUGGAGUGGAGUUUUCUCUACUUAGUACUGGAAAGAUAUGAGGUUUCCUCAAGGCAGUUGGUUAACAGACAGAAGAGCUGCUUCAUUAUGAGCCAUAAGACCUCUGAGGCCAGAGUGCGAAUGGUAGGGAGCACUACAGGUUUUGUCAGGCGUUCUCUUCCUCUUAUAUACCUAGGGGUUCCCCUUUUUACAGGAAGAGUAAGGGUGAGUUUCUUUGAUGAGCUGUUGGGGACGGUAAGAAGCAAGAUCGUAGGUUGGCAAGGAAGGCUUCUAUCUGCAGGUGGGCAUGUUACACUGCUCAGACAUGUUUUGCCAUCGAUGCCAAUACAUGUUAUUGCUUCAGUGGACUUGCCUAGAGCUAUUAUUAACAAAUUUUUUGGUAUCUGUGCGGAUUUCUUGUGGGGGAAUUCGGACUGGGGUAAAUGA